AUGCCAAGACCUAUUUACGUACUUCUCAUCGAUUGCUUCCUUGGUCUAUCACUCACGUACACCUGCCUAUUUGAGCAUGUGAGGGGUCACAAAAAAACAGUUACCUUCGACAAAGAUUUCCACAAAAAUAAAGUCCACCACCACAAGGUGAACCAUUUACCAAGUCAAGUACCCAACCACGACACUGCCCUGUUGAGAGCAAACCGCAAGUCCUUCCUGACACUGAAGAAGUUUAAAAUAUUUAGUAAUGAUAUUCGAAAGGACAAUUUUUCAAAUGAUAGUAAAGAUGGAGAAAAAAAUGAGCAGCAGAAUGAACAAAAUUUAAUGAGUGAAAAAAACGACAAGUGGAAAAAGUAUUACGAGGACAAGAGAAAGAAGGAAAUAUUGAAAGAUUUAGAUAGCAGUGUGCGGAAAAGGGGGAAACGAUCGGUGAGUGGUAGUCCUGGGGGGGGAAACGAUUCUGUGGGUGAAGGGGUGGGUAGCCGAGAUGGCGGCAAGGAGGAAGGAAGGGACCAUCGCACAGGGGAAGAAGAUGGCCAAAAUGGUGAAUAUGGAGAAUAUGGAGAAGAUGGCCAAACUGGAGAAGAUGGAGAAGAUGGAGAAGAUUUCGACGAAUAUGAGGAAGAUGACGAAGGUGACGACGGUGAUGAAGAUGACGAAGGCUACGACUCGUACGAUACCUACGACGCCGAAGACACGCACGACGGCCAUGCACACCGAAGCGCACAGGACAAGAGGGAUACCCACCUGGAUUAUCCCUACGACCACGAAGAGGCUCAAGGGAAAAAUCUCUUUUUCGCGAACAACAGCAAAAAUGAAAACGCACAUGGGAAAUUUUAUGACGACAGAAAGAACGGGGCCGCCUCCAACCCCCCCUCAAUAAGCGAAAGCAUAAAUAACAUCUUCUCAUCGAAAAGAACGACGAAAGAUUUCCCCCUCUUUUUCCCCUUGAACAAUAAACCCUUCGAAAAUAGCAACAAUAAAUAUUUUGACAAAAUUUGCAGCAUUCCCCCAAAUGAACUGAUUAACCGAUUUUUUGAAAACACAUCCGAAAGGGUUAAAGAAGCUGUAAAAAAUAUCAUUUUUAACAUCAUUGGGAAUAUUCAAAAGUACACCAUAGAAACCUCUAUUUUGAUUACCUACGACAUUUACAAUUUUCUCCUGCAAAUUAUCCUUACGGGGUACAUGAUAAAGAACGCAGAUUAUCGACUGAGUCUUAAUGAGUCCCUGUACGACCAAAAUAAUAUUAUAGAUAGAAAGGAGGACGACUUAUUCAAUUUGAAAAAAUCCUUUUAUGGGUUAUUUGCUGAUAUCCACAAGAGAAGUGGAGAAGAAACACUCAACGCAAGUGAGUUAAGUGAGCCGAAAAAUGGCAGUCCCCAAGCGCAGAGCCAAGAUGGGGAAGACAUGCAAAAGAGCCCCAAUCUUGAUGAGAAACCCCUAACCAAUAGUAACUUACAGGAUCAUAUUAGCAAUGAUGAUGUCCCUGAUCAGGAUGGGAACCCUUAUAGUUAUGAAGAAGAGGGCCACCAAUUACUAUCAUCAGAGAGCGCAUCCUACGCAAACGGCAAAAAUGGCGAAAGCGAUAACUUCCCAAUAAUUAACACAAAAAAUUAUAUUAUAUUUUUACGAAAAAAAAUUAAGUCUUUAGAAAUGCAGUUAAAAAAUUAA